AUGAAAAAUGUAACCCAUUCUUUCGUUUUUUUAGCUCACUGGCCAUCCGCUGGCAGUUUCGGGCUUAAUACCGAUAUUUUAGCAACAAAUCUAAUAAAUCUAACUGUAGUGGUUGGUGUUUUGAUUUUUUUUGGAAAGGGAGUGUGUGCGAGUUGUCUAUUAAAAGAUUUAUUAGAUAAUCGAAAACAGAGGAUCUUGAGUACUAUUCGAAAUUCAGAAGAAUUGCGUAGAGGGACCAUUGAGCAACUCGAAAAAGCUCGGAUUCGAUUACAGAAAGUCGAACUAGAAGCGGAUGAGUAUCGAAUGAAUGGAUACUCUGAGAUAGAACGAGAAAAAGCAAAUUUGAUUAAUGCUACUUCUAUUAGUUUGGAACAAUUGGAAAAGUCUAAAAACGAAACCCUUUAUUUUGAAAAACAAAGGGCAAUGAAUCAGGUCCGACAGCGGGUUUUCCAACAGGCCGUACAAGGAGCUCUAGGAACUCUGAAUAGUUGUUUGAAUACCGAGUUACAUUUCCGUACGAUUCGUGCUAAUAUUGGCAUUCUCGGGUCCCUGGAAUGGAAGAAAUAA